GAAUAUAUCGAUCAACCAUCCUUUGUUUACAUUUAGUCCAACUUCCCAACGAGAACCAUCCGUUAAAUAAAUCUUAUAUAUGAAGUUAUAAGCAUACGCAAAGAGCUUCUGGAAGUAUUCUGCAAUAUACAAUAUAGUCCGAAAAUUCUGUGCCAUGACUACUACGGAGAAAGAAAGCUUCACUGAAGUCAAUCUUAUGGAUCUACAACGAAAAAAAGCUCCUAAACGGUUGAUUUAUUUCAGUGAUGGAAUCUUAGAAGAAUUCAGUUCCGAUGAAGAAGAAGUUGUAGAUGCUCAGGGAAAAGAGUCUCAAUCAGUCGUUGAUCCUAGUUCAUUGAAGUGGAUCCCAUAUUUUGAAUACCUGCUGUGGAUGUUUGGUUCAAGGACACUUGCUGUCUGUGAUUACCUUGGAGAACAUUUGGCCUGGUUUCUUGGAAUAACAUCGCCUAAAUACCAGUAUGAAUUAGACUUAUAUGAGAAGAUAACUAAAGAAGAAGAAGAACUGCAGAAGCAUAUAAAAGCUGAGAAUGCUGGAUGGACGACAUCAGAAGACCAACAAAAUACUGUUGAUUUCCAACCAAAAUCCAAUGUCAUUGAAACGAAGUUGAGAAAUGCAGGGACUGUUUCAAACGAGGUCUGAAGGAAUUUGUUGCAUCUUUUUUUAAGUGAAAACAUUUUGUGGCACCUUCUUUUUGUUAUGUAUAAAGUGUGAAAUAUUUUCGAUACAUCAAUGCUAUCUUUUUUCUACUUUUCUUUUUAUUAAUAUAUUCCUAUUCUCUGUGUCUGUACAUUUUUUUCUACUUUACAGAACAUUACUACAGGGUUGCCACUCCACUGGGAAAACCUGGAAAAUACAGGAAAUUUAAACAAUGCCUAAAAUAACAGGGAAAUGUGAGUUUUUCUUUACAAACUAGGAACAUACAAGGAAAUAUAUUUUCCUCUUUCAAAAAAUAAAAGCCACUCUAGGUGUAAUCUAUGGAAUAUUGCUGCUAUACUAAACUAUUUCAUUUACUAUAGUAUUAUUUAAGUAUGUUACUUUUUCCCUCAAUUAAAAUUAGUAUAGUUAACCCACUGUAACUGACACAAGAGUACAGUAAUUGUUGUGUUUCAUCUUAAUAUAUAGUGUAUAAUAUGUACUGGGAAAACGCAGGGAAUUUUUUUUUUCUCCAGAUUUGAGUGGCAUCCCUGUACUGUUGUUUCUAUUAUCUGCUUAAAAAAUUUUAUGCAAUGUUAAUACAGUGCCUAUCAUUCAUUAAAAUCGCUAUAAUCCUAAGAACAUUUGAUUUCAUAAUCCGAAAUAUUUACACAUAGGAAAAAAAAUUCCGAAGUUUUACUUUACAAAUACACUAAAAGAUAAAUUGAUUUCAUUAUUUAUAUUUCAUUUCUAUUUUAAUUUUAUUGAAUAUACAUUUGACAUAUCGAUUAAACAUGGAUUACAUUUUUUUUUUUUUUAAAUUUACUGAAAGAUUUUAAAUUAUUAACAUAUUUGUUUGAUUAGCAAAAUUUAAGAUUCAGCAUUAUUUGAAAGUUUAUCAAAGUUUUUGACCUGUUUAAUAAUUCCUUUUCUUUGCUAUAAAGUUUAUUUUAAAAACUAAAUGUAUUUUUCUGACAUGUGUAGUGCAUUGAUUUACUUUAUAUUGAAUGAUCAUUGACAUUGAAUAAUAUUAAGUAUUCCAUUAUUUUUCUCAAUUCAUAAACAGUUUUAAUUUGGAUUUUUUUCCCUAUGGUUGAUUUUGGCAUGUUCUGAUAUUAAAACGAUUUUGUUCUUGGAGACUGGAUUUUUAAAAAGCCAGGUUUUUUUAUAUUUCUGUGAUUUUAUUAAUGGCAGUCAUUGUUCGAGCUAUUUUAUUUCUAAGAUGUGAUACAUUUUUAUUGUGUUAAUGUAUUUAAGUAUUAAUAAAUUGUAUUAAUAAAGUUCCUUAUUGCUAAGCAAACUUAA